AUGGGGCGUCGUUCAGGGCGUGCAGCUGCCAAACGCGCAUCGGCUGCUCUACAGAGCACGCCUCGCAAUCUCGACGAAGAUGAGCCCAUGCCAGACGUACCGAGUUCUGAAGUGGACACAAAACCCGACCCUGAUGACGAACACAAACAUGAAGAAUCCGACGGUGAUGUGGAUGCCAAUGAGGAAGCCGGAGCUGAAGCUGAAGGUGAAGGUGAGGGUGAGGGUGAGGAACUCGACACAGAACCAUCCGUGAAGGAGCCCACGCCGCCUCCCGUCCCCGUGAUCCGUCGCAAGCGGCUGGGACGACCGCCCAAAAACCGCCCGCCCGACUGGGACAAUAUGAUCACGGUACCCGCAUCCGAAGCCGAUACGCCGCGCCGCCGAGGCCGCGGAGGCUGGCGAGGCCGCGGUGGCCGCAAGCCCGGCCCCGGCCACACGCCGCUCAAGCUGCGUCAGGCUAUCGACAAGGAGGGCACCGAGGUGGACAUUGCCAACGACGAGUGCGUCCUCCCCGAAGACCCGGAGGGCGAGACCAAGGUGGACAAGGACGGUCAUCUCCAGGACGGCCGCGACUACCGCUGCCGCACGUUCACGGUCCUGGGCCGCGGCGAGCGGCUGUACAUGCUCUCCACGGAGCCCGCCCGCUGCGUCGGGUUCCGCGACUCGUACCUCUUCUUCACCAAGCACCUCAAGUUGCACAAGAUCAUCGUGGGCGACGACGAGAAGCGCGACAUGAUCGAGCGGGACAUCAUCCCGCACUCGUACAAGGGCCGGUCUAUAGGGAUCGUCACGGCCCGGUCCGUGUUUCGCGAGUUCGGCGCCCGCAUCAUCGUCGGCGGGCGCCGCAUCGUCGACGACUACCGCGUCGCCGACGCCCGGGCCGAGGGCGCGGUCGAGGGCGAGCUCGCGGAUCCCGCCGACGUGUUGAACCCGAACGAACCCUACAACAAGAACCAGUACGUGGCCUGGCACGGCGCCAGCGCUGUGUACCACCAACAGGUUCCUGCGGUCCCCGAUUCCUUUUCCGGCAAGAUUGAGGUUAAGAAGCGCAAAGUGAACGUCACGAAUGUCAACUGGAUGCUUGAGCAUGCGCGGGAGGCGAGCAACUUUAACAGCGCCAUCAACGCCAUUCGCAGACUGAACAACGAGAAGGGCGUCUACGACAUCCACACAAAUACGAUGCAAUUACCAGCCAUCAUGCAGCCUACGCACACGCGCAUAGAGGAACUCACGCCCGAGGAAGCGCAAAAACUGCCCCCCUCGUCUACGUUCCCCAAGGUAGAUCCCAAGCUCUCGUCCAAGGUGCAGAUCCUCGACGUUUACUACGAGCCGGCACCCCCCGGGGUUUCGCCGCUUGUGCACACCCGCAACGGCGGCCACGCGCCGGACUUCCUCGAGCCGUUCCACGGUCUGGGGGCCGUCUCGGACGAGAUCAAGGACCUGCUCCCGCCCGAGUGCCGCGAGGCCUUUGACGAAACGCUGGCCAAGGAGAACGAGUGGAAGUCUCGUUGGGGAAACGAGGCAGACGUGUGUUCACGAGGCGUCCCGAUUAUUGACCGCGCUAUUGUCCCGUUCCGGUAG